AUGGAAGAAUUUGUUCGAAGUGUUCGAGGGCUAAAGGGAUACAAAAUAGGGGGUGCAAAAAUCAAAAUAGUGUGUUAUGCUGACGAGACCGCUCUCAUUGCUGAAAGUGAAGAUGACUUACAAAGGUUAUUACACUUAUUCAACCUGAAAGCCAAGUCUCUAAAUAUGGAAAUAUCGCCGACCAAAACAAAGUGCUUAACAACAUCAAAAACCCCUCUAAGAUGCAAAUUGGAACUUGACCGUAGAGUAAUCGAGCAGAAAAUGAAAUCUAACUACCUUGGCGUUGAACUUUCCGGCUUUGGGGAUAUAGAGGCAGAGAUGAGAGAUCAAACAACAAAAGCAAUUAGAAUAGUUGGCUGUCUGAAUGCCAUAUGCUGCAAUAAGAGUAUGGGAACGGACGCUGAACCAAGGAUCUACAAAACCGUCGUGAGGUGGGUGAUGAGAUAUACCGCAGAAACUACGCCAGAAACAACGAAAACCAAAAUACUCAGAGAGACAGAUGUGAUGAAAAUACUCCGUAGAAUCACAGGAAAGACACUGCUGGAUAGAGAGGGAAGCGAGAAUGUCAGAAUAGCCUGUAAUGUCAAGAACAUCAACAAAUGGGUAGCAAACAGGAAGAAGGAAUGGAAUGAGCACAUAACCAGGAUAGACCACCGCAGACUUGUUAGAAUGGCUCGCAACAAGUCCCCAUUGGGACGAAGAGACGUAGGGCGCCUCAGAAAACGAUGGAGCGGCAGCCCCACGCAAGGGAACGAUAAUUGA